AUGAGUGAAAACAAGGAUGAAAAAAUUACGAUGCAGGGAAUGGAAACCCCAGUAUCGGUCGGGAGCGGUGCCAGGACAGGCUCAACCCGAUCGAAAUCCAGCGACUGUCCUGAAAACUCAAACUCUGGUAGGAGACCAGGCCAGGGCGCGAGUAAUGUUACUGGAAUAAUAGACCUGAGCAAAGAGGAAGACAGUAGUAGCAGAUCAAAAACGGAUCAAUUAGAUGAAGCAGGAAAAGGAAAAUCGAUGAGUGAACGAAUAGACGCAUAUGAAAAUCCUAGAAAGGACGAACAAGUUUUCAAACCUAGAAGUAGUCUGAGCAGAACACCUCCAGGUGGCAGGGGACGUGUAAAUUCCAUGCCUAGUAUGAGCGAAAAAUAUCAGACAGAAGCAGAUACCAACACAACAAAGCGGAAAAGGAUGGACUUCUAUGAACCUGUGGAAAGCAAAUUUGAAGUAGUCAUGGCAAAACUGGUUGCCAGCACAGCAAACCUACAAAGCAUCGUAAAUGCUUCAUAUAGACCCUCCGGAGAACUAAAGAAUAUAACAUUCGAUAUAAGGAAACAAGUAGACACUCUCACAAAAGAAAUAAGGGUACCGGAAGAAAACACUCAAACAAUACUGCAACUUGAGAGGGAGAAGAAAGAACUGUGGGAAAAACUAAGGGAAACCGAACAAAGGUACAAAGAAGAGAUCAGAGCUCUGAAAGAGAAAAUAAAUACAGGAAGAGACGCAGCAACCCAAACAAAUCCAUGGCAUAGACCAAAAAUAGAAGCACUGGAAAAACUCCCAGAUGGGGAGAUUACCUUUGAGAAAUACAAGGAAUUAGAAAAAAUGAGAUGGAAAGAGGAAUUAUCCUCAAAUGUAAAAACAAUAGCAGGAAAUCCAUUAAAUACGGAGGACGCUGUAAAAAAGGUAGUCUUGGUAGGAAACAGAGAUCCAGGUAUGAGUAAAUCCAUUCAGAAAAUCUAUAAAGAAAGAUAUCCGGAACUGGAACAUUUAACGGAAGACAUCGACUACCUGGAAACCUUUACUCGAGACCGAAGGAACAAAACCCUAUCUAAGAAAACAAUUAUAAAACUGACACAUGAAGAGUCGCAGGAGGAUCUCUGGGCGAAAAUGAAGCAGCUCUUUAGAGAAGGGGAAACAGAAAAAGAGACUUUUGCAAUCCACAAACUUGACUGGAUUACCAUAGAGAGCCUGGAAAAAAUGAUGCAGUGCCUUACAAACGGGACGGAAAAGGAGGUACAUGUAUAUGUACCACCAGGUUUCAAGGAAAACUCCGAAAAUCGGGAUAAAGGUAGAAAUACCUACGCAUUAAUGGUGCAAUGCAAGGACGGGGAAUAUAGAGAAACUCUCAAAAACGUCAGGAACGCCUUCAGGAACGUACCAGCCUCAAAAUCCAUACGCGGAAUACGAAGCACUAAAGAAGGAAAAAUGAUUAUAACUAUGGAUAAGUGCGAAGAGGACUGCAAGGUACUCACUGAAGUUAUGAAUAAAAUCGAAGGGCACCCGAAGCAUAAUCUACUUCGAACGAACAAAAAGAAAGAGACACUGCACAUCAGAGGGAUGGAUGCAGAAACAUCUAGGGAAGAAGUGAUGGAAGCCUUAAAAAAAAUUCUUGGAGAUAAACAAGAAAUUGCAGUCGGGGAAUUGAGACCCAAUGCAAACGACACACAAGCCGUAACAGUUAAGAUCGAAGAAGGUUCAUACUCCAAAAUUGGUGAAAUAAAAAGGCUGAGAAUAGGACUCGCGAACUGUCAAAUCACCAAGAGGGUGGACCUUAGGCAGUGUACCAGAUGCUGGAGCUACGAACACCUAACAAGCAAGUGCAAAGACACUGAUAGAAGGAAUGCAUGCUUCAAAUGUGGACAGGAAGGUCACCCAGCAAAAACCUGCGAAAAUAAACCCCAUUGCGUGUUAUGCAAUGAAGAUGACCAUUCAGUAGGAUCAGGAAGAUGCAAGUUCUUCAGGGAAGCACUAGCCAUUGAAAAAAGAAACCAGAGGAUGAACGAAGUGUACGAUGAUGAACCCGAAACAGAGAUGAAAGAGACAGAUGAUAUCUGCUCGGAAAUCGAAAGUAAAGACGAAACGCAGACUCCAAAAAACGAAGCAUUUGAAAAAAUGCUACAGUAA